UGGGGGGAGAGGGUGGAGGGGUUUGGCCAGGAGGGUGGCAGGAGUGGAGGGGACGCUUCACCAUGGAGUAUGAAGUCAAGAAAGGAAAAAAGGGCUUUGUCUCCCCCAUCCGGAGGCUGGUGUUCCCCAAGGCCGCACGCCGGGCAGCCUUUCGGACCAGCGUGAGUCGCCGGCCCCUGCACUCGAUGCCCCUUUAUCCUCCUGACUACCUCAUCGAUCCCCAGAUUCUGCUGUGUGACUAUCUGGAGAAAGAGGUCAAGUUCCUGGGCCACCUCACCUGGGUCACCUCCUCACUGAACCCCUCCAGCCGGGACGAGCUCCUGCAGCUGCUGGACACCGCCAGGCAGUUGAAGGAGCUGCCGCUGAAGACCACGGCGGAGCAGGACAGCAUCCUGAGCCUGUCGGCCCGCUGCCUGCUGCUCACCUGGCGCGACAACGAAGAGCUAAUCCUGCGUAUCCCCACGCACGAGAUCGCCGCCGCCUCCUACCUGCAGGACGACGCGCUGCACCUGCUGGUGCUUAAGACCGGUCUGGGCGUGGACCCGGUGCCAGCCGGCGUCGACGCCAGCCCCGGCGGCGCGGGGCGCGACCCAGGCCCGCCGGGCGCGGCGCCAGAGAAGCGGCGGGUGGGCACCACGGAGCGGCGCCACACCAUCUGCAGCCUGGACUGGCGGAUGGCGUGGGGCGGGGGCGCGGGCGCAGAGGCCCGGGCCGGGGGCGGCGGCGGCGGCGGCGGCAGCCUGGAGCGCCAGCGCGCCGGGGCGCGGGCGUCGGGCAGCUGGGAGCGGCGGCAGACGUUCAGCGGCAGCUGGGAGCGGCGGCACGGCGGCGGCGGCGGCGCGGGCAAGCCGGGCGGCAGCUGGGAGCGGAGGCAGGCGGGCGGCGGCGGCGGCGGCAGCUGGGAGCGGCGCCACCCGGGCUCCAACCCACUCGACCCGCAGGACCCCAGCCCCGACGCCUACUGCAACCUUGUCAUCCUGGCUGUGGCCAACAGGGAUGCUGCCGAGGAAUCCUGUGCCCUCAUCUGUCAGGUCUUCCAGAUCAUCUACGGGGACCAGAGUAUCGAGUGCGUGGACCGGGCCGGCUACCACUACACGUCAACGCCUGAGCGGCCGUGGCUGUGCAGUCGCAGUGAGAGCUGCCGCACUGACGGGACGUAUGCCUAUGACGCCGACUUCAGCUGCUGCAGCUCCUUCAAUGGCUCCCAGGAUACAUUUGAAGCGUGUUAUAGUGGCACGUCCACACCCUCUUUCCACGGCUCCCACUGCAGCGGCAGCGACCACAGCGGCCUGGGCCUUGAGCAGUUGCAGGAUUACAUGGUCACGCUGCGGAGUAAAUUAGGGCCCCCCGAGAUCCAGAAGUUUGCAAUGCUGCUGCGGGAGUACCGGCUGGGGCUGCCCAUCCAGGACUACUGCUCAGGCUUGCUGAAGCUCUACGGGGACCGGCGCAAGUUCCUCCUCCUUGGGAUGCGGCCCUUCAUCCCGGACCAGGACAUUGGCUACUUCGAGGGCUUCCUGGAGGGCGUGGGCAUCCGCGAGGGGGGCAUCCUCACCGACAGCUUCGGCCGCAUCAAGCGCAGCAUGAGCUCCACGUCGGCGUCGGCCGUGCGCAGCUACGACGGGGCGGCCCAGCGGCCCGAAGCGCAGGCCUUCCACCGGCUGCUGGCCGACAUCACGCAUGACAUCGAGGCGCUGGCACCGGACGAUGAGAGCACCGACGAGGAGGCCAGGGACUCCCCGGGUGGGGGCGACACGGUUGAGGACAACUACCUGUAGCCGCCACCCAUGCGGAAGGCGGGGAAGCAUCCUCAAUCCCACCUGUGUCUCACUCGCUCCUUCCCGUGGGACCCCAGCCCCAGGGCGCCCCUCCCGGGGUGUCCGACCUCGCCCUUGGCGCUCCAGUCCCUGCAAUACCGAGAAUGUCCUGCAGAGGGCGGGAACCCAAAAUCGCAGGCAGUUGCCGGAGGCUCAGCCAGCCCCUCUGCCAGACCUGGGUGGGCAACAUUCUACUCUGUCACUAGCCCCAGGUGCCAGGGACAGCCCCUCUCUCUCCCGCCACUCCUGCAGCUUUCUGGAGGCCAAAGGACAGAUGAGGAGUGGGCUCCACCUGCUGACAGACUGAGAAAAGACUUCCCAGAGCCCAGAGACCUCUUGUUCCUCCUAUUUUACAGUUUGAGAAACUGAGGUUCAAAAAAAGGUGAAGGAACUUGAGGAAACCUCCUAUUUCUUCUGAGAUAUUACCUCAAAGUACACACACAAUAGCGUAGAGGGCCUUUUUAAGACUCUAAAUGGCAGGGUCACCCCUCCCCUGAUGGCAAGAAUUGGAUCACCAGUGUGGCAUAUCUUCACUGACAGUUGGGUCAGAGGUAGGUGAUGGGGGUCCCAGUCUUGGCCCUAAGACUCUGAACAAGUUGCUCGUUCGGAUCUUGGAUUGGGAGCCAGACAGACCUAGGUCUCCUGUCUGGUUAGUGUUCUCACCUCUUGGUGACUUCCAUUCCCUAAUCUGUCCCAUGAGGUCGGCCCCAUCCACCUCACAGGGUUGGUUGUGGGGAUUAACAAAAGCACAAGGCCUUGGUGCUGGGUCUAGCCCAUAGUAGGCACUCAAUAAACGUUCCCUUCCACUUCUAACA